GACAGCCACUUCCUGCUCCGGUGUAGCUGUGCGCAGCGGAGGGCGUGGACCUCAGGUAGCGUUACCUGUCCAAACUUGACGGUUGAGGCGGAGCAGGGCCCUGCCGUUGUACCCUUGAGCUAAAGCACUGCAUUGGGUUUGAUGCACACAUCUGACAGCUUGCAGAGCGGGCGGUGUGGUGAAUGAAGACAGCUUCAGUGAGCCUCAACAAGAGACCUCAGUGAAGAAUUAGCAGCUGUCGGAGUCCCCUCCCCUCUUCUGUUACUGACUGCCAAACAUGUGCUGUGGAGAGUUUCAUGGACACAGUUUCUUUUCCGGUGCCUUUUGAGGGGAGUUCAUUGAGUUUUGAACAGAUGAGCCGAAUUAACUCUGAGCUAAUGUUCUCUAUUCCAUUUUGGAGACAUGAUAGGUUGUGUAAUAUGUCAAGUGACUGUUUAUUGUUUAUGACAGAUGCUCAGUCAGUCAUCAAAAGUAAAUUCUUUUUAUCAUGUGGUAACAUGUCAUCAUGUUUGCUGUCUUUCUUUCCUGGCCAAUUAUUUUCUCAACAGACCAGAAAUGGCAUACAUAAGAAAAAGAACCAUGAAAAAGAAAAUAACUAAAAACCGGAAUAACAACUAAACAAAUUUUAGAUAAAAGCAUAGUACGAUUAAAAUAAGUUCAGGGCUCCAAGCAGGUUAACACAAAUACCAGCAUUUAGUUCCAGCUGUUGUUUGAAAGUGUCUGAUUCUAGGUCAGGAGUUACCCAAUGAAGGACCUGAACAGACCACAUGAGGGCAGUAACACAAGAAAUAUGAGCAGGAUCAAGUUAUAAUUUGUUCAAUAGGCUCAAACAGAUAAUACAGUAAAGAAUACAAAUGCACCAGUCAGUGACAGGGUGCUAAUUAUUUAAUGUAGACCUCAAAAACACUGUUUCACUGUUUGAGGCCCAGAAGUCAUAUUUUCAUCCAAAUAUUAAUACAUUUGUUUGUCUUCUUUCCUAUUUUAGCCAGUUUUAACUAGUUUUAAUCCUUAAAUCAUAUGAAUGUCUAUAUCUAAUUUAUCUCUUGUCUUAAUGUCUUUAUAGUAGGUACUUUGAAUUGCCUUUUGAUCCUUUGGACUGACCCCCCGACCCCUAGGUUGGAAACCACUGAACAAAACUUGUAUAAAGUAAUUAAAGUACUGCUUUUACUUUUAUUUAUGUAUGCAGUAUUUUCACAUUGUUACACUAGUUAUUUUUACUCAGUUAAAGGGUUUGAAUACGUCUUCCACCACAUCUAGAAAUGACUUCACUUCCUUACAAUUUAGAUCACUGGUUCUCAAACUGUGGUAUGUGUACCACUGGUGGUACGCAAGCUGCCUAGUGGUACGUGGAGGAAUCUCGUACAUUAAUUUUAAAACAUCAAAAUACUAGAAAACAUUGAAUGAAAACACUCACUGAAAUGUAAUUUAAAAUAUUUUUUUUCCUGUAAUAUAUUUCUACAUCGUCACGUUCGUGCACUUAUAGUGCAAACAACAAUCCAUGAUUAGUUACGAGGUAAAAGGCGAUAGGUAAUCUUAUAAUAUAGAAAGAAAACACUGCAAUCGUGGCUCCAAACGUGAACUAUUAUUGAAUUAUUGAUUACUGUUGUUGAACCUGCUCCUUGAACUGAAUGGUGUCGACCUACGCUACUACAUUUUAACGUAGGUCAUAAUGGUGGUACUUUUGGUGGAAAUUAAUAUUUUCUGAGGUGGUACACAGUGUAAAAAAAACACUCCCAGGUCCUAUGAUGACAAUAAUACCCAUUUGAAUUAUAAAUUGUCAAUAACUGAACACAGAUCCAGCUUCAGUAUCUAAAUACUUGUGGUGUUUUAUCUCGUACCAGUGGGUCUCAUCUGUUGCCACCCACUCAGCCAGCCACCUUGGAGGAGUCAGUGGGUCUGAAGCAAGCGAAUGCAACACCCAUAAACCCAGAUAGCAGCUCCCCUUACAGCUGUCUUCACCACACAUAAAAUUAGACCCCCAGACAGUCAUACUGUAGGCUCCAGCAUGCAGAGACAACUGGGGAAAAUACUGUAGAAGAUGGACCCAAGUUAUAGUUCCAAUCUUAACUUUGCUGUGCAGGAUGCAGUAAAGUGGUGUACGGCGAGGACAGGGCCUGCCAGGCGAUGGGACAUUUAUUCCACGACACUUGUUUCACCUGCAGCGUUUGCAGUGAGUCCUCUUGAUGUGAAAGGUAAAAAGCUCAGCGGCAAGCCAUUUUAUACAGUGUCAGGAAGGAUCUAUUGCGAGGAGGAUUUUUUGUACUCAGGAGUUCAUCCAUCCCCAGAAGUGUGUAGCAGCUGUGAGUAUUUAAUCAUGGACAUGGUCUUGCAGGCUUGUGGGAAGUCCUACCACCCGUCCUGCUUUCGCUGUGUGGUCUGCAGACAGAGCCUGGAGGGUCAGCCUUUCUCUGUAGACACAGACAGUAGAGUUUACUGUGUCAGCGACUACCAGAGGGUUCAAGCUCCUAGAUGUGCCGCCUGCAGAGUGCCGAUACUGCCAACUGAGGGAUCCACAGAGUCUAUUCGAGUGGUGUCAUUUAACAGAAAUUACCAUGUAGAGUGCUUCAGUGGGGAGGUUAACCUCAUUUAAGGACAGAAGCAGGCUGACACACAUCUUUCUGUGUUUUUCUGCUGAUCUUGUUUUGUUUUGUUAUGAAUCUGUAGGAUUUCCAGUCUGCAAUAAAGUCGCUCCAAAGAGUU